AUGGCAGACGAGGCGAACCCACAAGAAUCUGUGCCGCUCAAGGACAAAUUCUUCCGCCACUAUCGGUCAUUCCUCUACUGUGGGAUAACUUGUAUUGGCGGCUUCCAACUCGGGCUCGAUCUUGGGGCCAUCGCAGGCUUCCAGGCCAUGCCUGGUUUCCUUAUGAAGUUCGGCUUUCCUCAAGAGGGCGCGACCUUCGGCUGGGGAAUCGACCCAACCGUGCAACAGCUCAUCAGCUCACUGAUGUUGGUUGGUGCUUUUGUCGCCUGCUUAGCUAUCGGUCCCUCCGGCAAAGUCCUGAGCAGGAAAUGGAUGUUAUUCAUCGGCUGCAAUAUCAACCACUUGGGCGUCAUACUCAUGAUGGUUGCGAACAACCUGGCCACUCUGUAUGCAGGGCGGAUCAUCAUUGGUAUCUCGGUUGGGAUUCUCGACGUGCUCCCACAGUUGUACAUUCACGAAUGCGCUCCUGCGGCGCAGCGAGGGUCACUCCUGGGGGCUUUCAACGUGCUUGUCAGCAUAGGCCUACUCAUCGGCUCGAUUGUCGACAACUACACUUUCACCAUUAUGAACUCCAACGCCUACAUAAUCCCGCUUGGCAUUUUCUUCAUCUCCCCGGUCUUCAUCACGGUCGCCUUGCCCUUCAUCCCAGAGACUCCGAGAUGGCUCGUCGAACACAACAAGCCAGAAAAGGCAAAAAGGGCGUUGAGCAAACUCCGUCACAAGGAUACACCGCCACAAAUCCUCGAGGCCGAGCUACAAGAGAUCAAAUCUGCGUUUGAAAUGGAGCAAACAAUGACCCAAGGCGUUGCGAUCCUGGAUUGCUUCCGGAAAACCAACCUUCGCCGCACGCUGCUCUCAGUGGCCCUGAUGAGCUGUCUCACCGGCUCAGGUGCCGUCUUCAUCCUCGUCUACGGAACUUACUUCUUUGCUAUUGCCGGUCAAACCAACGCCUUUGCAGAAAGUGUUGGCAUGACUGCUGCCGGUCUGGCUGCCACAAUCUUCUCGAUGUGGUUGAUCACAAGGAUCGGACGACGAACAAUCUUGAUGAUCGGUUUUGCCACCCAGGCAGCCGCUAUGCUCAUCGUGGCAACGGUCUGUCAGUACAAGUCGACAAGCGCCACUGGAGGGAGAGUGCUCGUCACCUUCACGAUCAUCUACCUCUUCUUCUACAAUAUGUGUAUCGCACCCUAUCUCUACCUGUGCGCCGGUGAGAUUCCGACUCAGCGCCUACGUGGUUAUACCUUGGGUCUGUCGAUCGGCGUCUCAUUCGCUUGGAACUGGGUCGCCUCAUAUACCGCGCCGUACUUCUUGAAUCCAUUGGAAUUGAACUGGGGCGGCAAGUAUGGAUACAUUUGGGCCGUUUCGAAUGUUAUCAUUCUCGUCUUUGUGUUCUUCUUUGUCCCCGAGACCAAGGACCGGACUCUUGAAGAGAUCGACGAGAUGUUUGAGGAGAAGGUUGCAGCCCAGAAGUUCAAGAACUACAAGUGUACGCGCGUUGAAACUGCUCGAGUCAUUGGCAUGCACAUCAUUGAGGAUCAGCAAAAGGAGGGCCAUGAUCAUGUCGAGUCGGUGCGUGGAAGUCAAUGAAGGAGAUGGAAUAUACUGGCAAUUUCUUGACGGAAAGGGCCUCGCGGGUUGAGGCGAGUGUGCUCAGAGCUGCGUUAGGAAGGGUUUGUUGACUACUGGUCCAACUCAUGCUAAGUGUUAAGCAUGUGCGAAUAAGUGCCAUACUAGUAGCUAGUCCUCA